CUCUUCCGGAAGUUAUUAGCAAGCAAUGAAGCAUAGUAUUUAAAUGAUAGUCGUCUUUUGCAGUGCAAGUCUUCCUCGUCCUCCAUUCGCACCGCUUGAAUCCUCUUCUCUGCUAAUACCCAUUAGCUCUCUCUCUCUCUCUCUCUCUUACCGAUACCUAUGCGCCCGGCGAUGGCUACUUCUGUCAGGAUCGUGAUCGUCGGAGACGUGCAUGAUGAUUGGGACUUAAAAGAGGAUUCAAGCGCUCUUCAACUUUUACAGCCUGAUCUGGUACUAUUUACAGGUGAUUUUGGUAAUGAGAACGUUGAACUAGUUAGAAGCAUUUCAAAUCUUGACUUUCCAAAAGCAGCAAUUUUGGGCAACCAUGAUUGUUGGGGAACUUACGAUUUCCAACAAAAGAAGGAAACACUGGUCCAACUUCAGCUGGAGUCACUUGGUAAGCACCAUGUUGCCUACAGUCGUUUGGACAUGCCAGAGCUAAAGCUUAGUGUUGUGGGUGGUCGGCCAUUUUCUUCUGGAGGCGACAAACUAUUUCGACCAAAGCUUCUUUCUCAAAGGUACGGGGUUCGAAAUUUGGAGGAAAGCAAAAAGAAAAUCAUCAAUGCUGCUUUAGGAGCACCUGAUGGCCAUAAUUUGGUUUUCCUUGCUCACAAUGGUCCUUCAGGAUUAGGCUCGAAAAUGGAUGAUAUAUGCGGAAAAGAUUGGGUUUCUGAAGGCGGCGACCAUGGUGAUUCAGACCUUGCCAAGGCCUUGCUUGAACUGAGGAACAAAAGACUCCCCAUCCCUUUAGUUGUUUUUGGUCACAUGCACAAGGGAUUGGCAUAUGGUGGACUUAGGAAAAUGAUUGUGGUUGGGGUCGACGGCACCAUAUAUUUGAAUGGAGCCAUCGUCCCCCGAGCGAAGAAGCUCCAUGGACGGGCUGGGAGCUCUAGAACGAAUAAUGAGUCUCAUACAGAGGUUAGAAAUGAGGAUGGGAGCUUGAGAGCUUUUAGUGUUGUAGAUAUUGAGAAUGGGAGGGUGGAGAGGAUUUCAGAAACUUGGGUUUUGGUAACCAGUGAAAGAACUGCACUUGAACAGGAGAACAUAUUGUUUCAGAGACCAUAGGUUUCCAUCACUGCUUACUGGCUUGUUUUGCCGUCUGAGAUUAUUGCAUAUGUAUUGUCAAUUUGGUUAUUUUGUGAAGAAUAUUGUAUAUUAUUAAUAAACAUGGUUGCACAAAAUUUUCUUAGUAUACUAUAGAAAAAAUUUCUAGAU